AUGCAACAAAAUCCAGAAUUCAAGCAAAUUCAAGGUUUGCUCUAACACUCCUAAUAACUUAGUACUUUUAACAUUACUUUUGCUUACAUAACCAAAGCUUAUGUUGCAUAAAGAUUACAUGCACUCUACAAAAAGACUCAGCAAUAGAAUUACAUGUAAAUGCUGUAAUAAUUGAUCAGCGAAUUGGAAAGUUUAAAGACCUAGAAUCCAUAAUUGUAAAAUAAAGAGGAAAACAAAAAGCAUUAUACAGAAUUCGUUUAUAAAUUCUUCUAUGAUGCAGACACAAGAGAAAGAGACGGAGAGGUUUCCUAAGAACUCAUGCAUAUGUUUGGAUCAGUUUAAAAGGCUAUUGAAGUGCUCCAAUACUUUGAACCACUGAAUUAGGAUCAAUUGGAAAAGCAAAAAUACGCAAAAUUUAAGAUGGUUGACUAACAUAAAAAACUGAAAGAUCCAACAUUAAUUUAACCUAAACCUAAGGAUUCCAUAGAAGAAGAGCUUGAAUAAAUUGCAUAAAAAUAACUUUAAAUAUCAUAACAUUAAUAAUAAAAUACUACUCAGCAAUAAUUAUAAUAAUAACAAACAGAGCAGCCAGCAAUAAUACAAUAACCUAUUAAACCAGGGGUCCCAUAAAAUGAAACACCAUAAACUUCACUUCAAUAAUAAUAAUCGUAGUAUUAAUAAUAGUUGUAAUAAUAAUAGUAGUAAUGGUAAUCUUAAUAGAAGCAAUAGUAAUCAUAAUAUUAAUAAUAGUAAUAAUAAUAAUAAUAAUUAUAAUAGUAAUAAUAAUAGUAAUAAUAAUAAUUGUAAUAAUAAUAAUAGCAAUAAUUGUUGUUAUAAUAAUAGUAAUAUUAGUAAUAAUAACAGCAAUUAUAAUAACAAUAAUAAUAAUUAUUACAAUAAUAAUAAUAAUAAUAAUUAAUAAAUUAAUAAUAAAUGUCAUCUCAAGCACAACCAUAAUCAUAAUAAGGGAAAACCUAAGCAACCAAACUAUCACCAAUGGAAUAAGCCUAAAUGAGAAACUAAAUCAAAACUAUUUUAUAAUAAGCAAUUUCAGAAGUAGACUUUAAAAAAUAUUAAAAUGCAAAAGAUUAACUCCAAAAAACUUUAGGAAUGCUAUAAUAAUUAUUAGAUAGUUAGUGA